GGAAGUAGGUGCGAUUUUGUCACUGCGAAUCGUGUGUGAUACCUGUGUUUAAUGGAGCGUACAUUUUGACAACUCUUGAAGAGAAUCAUCAUAUUAAUAUCAAGAGGAAAGCAACUAAUUUGAUGUUGAACAGUGUUGCCGACUAAUGAUGGAUCAUCUGAUGGUGUACAGUGACCUCGCCAACUACACAGAGAAGUUCAACCAUCUUGUGGCGUGGUGUCACAGAAAAUAUCACUCAAUUCAUGUGGGUGUGGCCAGAGUGAAAGAUUUGUUCAUGACUCCAAAUAAUUUCCAACAGGAACUGGCAGAAACACUUCGCCGUGUGGAAGAGCUUGAAAGAGAAUUGAACAAAGUCAGGUCAGAAAAGAAUGUGCUUGAGAAAGAGGUUGCCAGUAAAUUUCAACAGCUGCAACAGCCACCACUACAAGCUCCACCACCACCACCACCACCUCCUCCUCCACCACCUCCACCUCCACCAGUCAUUACUUCCCACAGAUUUGUGAUUAAGCGAAGAAGUCCUAAAUCUGAGAACAUGAGUCAAAAGACCCCGGAUGAAGAUGGCAAGAUGGUUGUCACUGCAGAUGAUCUGAAAAGUGUCAAGCUGAAAACACCUGGAGAACGAAGUUUAAAAACUCUGAAUAAUAAUGUUGGUACGCCAUUUGUUCGUCUGAAGGACCUGAGACGUAUAACACUGAGAAAAACUCAGUCUGCUGCAUCCCUUGGACAAGCAGGCAAAGAAAAUUUAGAAAGAAUGAUAACAGAUGAAGUGAAACAAAAACGAAAACUGAGGCGUACAUCUUGUCAAAGAAGUCCUGGUGGUACACCAAUCGUGAAUACAAAAAGACGAAGAGAGAGCGGGACUGGUCUCACUCCCGUGAUGACCCGAGCUCUUAGGAAGAAGUUUAAGUCGGUUCGGGCAAAUUCAUCUGAUGACUCCAACUCUAGCUCUACUUUCUCCAGUCCUGACUUGACAUCACCAGUUCCAUCCAAGAUGUCCAGCACGUGUACCCCACCAAACCCAGCCCGAACAGACAGCAUCACCUCAACACCUCCAGCAAGCACUGUGUUCACUCCACCAAGUGUGACCAUCAACCUCCAGGACAAGACACCAGAUCGUGAUGACACUAGUCCAUUGUUGUCUUUGUAACACGGUGUGUAACCUAAUUAACUGGUCGCUGUUUUUACAAUUCACAUAGGGCUAACUUAAUAAAAAAAAUUAUCACUACCAUGUCUGCAAUGCAUUUUCUAGUUGUUUUAAUCAGAUCGACCAGGAAGCAUAAUUUUACUAUCAUCAUUUUAAUCAACGGUAAAUUAUCUGAGAUAUAGUUAAUACACCAUGACAUAUUUAAUAUUUAUGGCAUAAAAGAAGUACCAAUGGCUACUCUUUGCAAAGAUUUCAUCAUAAUUUGCCAGGUACAGUAAUAGGUGGUAAUGAAAAGAACUGAUAGAAUCUCAUGUUUCAUGCUUACUUUUAAAAAAUGAAGACUGUUUCACUGAUGCAUGUCACCAACAUAAUUAUGGAAAAUGAGACGUCAAUUCGGAAAAUAGAUCAUGAGAAGGAUGACAAAGAAACAGUUGUGUAAUUUGAUCUGUAAUGAGUUGUGUUGUUUGUAAUUAUAGGAAUUGUUUCUUUGGUGAAUUCUAACAGUCACAAAAUUAGUUUUAAAAAUCACUCUGCUGUAUUACUUGUACGUGGCUUUAUACAUUUUGCAUCAUUUUGUUUUAAAAUAACAAUUUCUCAAGAAGAAAAAUUCUUAUGCGACUCUUUAGGUACUAAAUUCCAAGUACUGCUUAUCGUGUUAUAUCAUAACACCUAACGUACACUACAAACAUUGGUCACGAAUAUUGUUUUUCAGUUGGUUUUAUGUGCCUGCACACAACCAAUUUUUAUUAGUAGUGUGCAGGCAAAUAAAGCCACUGUUUUAAACUAUAGCGCUGAUGUCACAUUAUUAGAGCGCUGAGGUCGCAUUAUUAGAGCGCUGGGGUCGCAUUAUUAGAGCGCUGAGGUCGCAUUAUUAGAGCGCUACGGUUGCAUUAUUAGAGCGCUGGUGUCGCAUUAUUAGAGCGCUGGUGUCGCAUUAUUAGAGCACUGGUGUCGCAUUAUUAGAGCGCUGGUGUCGCAUUAUUAGAGCGCUGGUGUCGCAUUAUUAGAGCGCUGAGGUCACAUUAUUAGAGCAAAGAAAUAUUCAAUCUAUGUGUUUCAGUUGAUAAAAGUGUACACUAAAUUAAAUUAUGUGCUGUUUACAUAAUUUAAAUAUAUAAUUAUGUGCAAUAAUCCCGGUUUGAUAAUUAUUUUAUUACUGUUGGUGGUUGUACAAGCUGUUUACAGAAAUUAAUACAGAUUGCAAAUAUGAGAAUGUGUUGGAAGUAUAUGUCAUUAAAAUUGUUUGACGUUUUACCAUCUCUUAACACACCUAUCUGAUAUUAAAAUACAGUUCCAAAUUGGGCUGGGUUUAUGAUGCUUGCAGUUUUCAAUAUUUUUAUUAUGUUCUUAUAAUUAGGAAUAUUUCUUCAUUGUACUGAUUAUAAUAUGUUCAUUUACAAAUUGUCCCAUUUGAAAUGUACAAUAGACCACAUUUUUUCUAUAUCAAAUCAUUGGUGAGGGGAUUCUAAUUUGAUACGGUACAUGCCCACAAUGCAGAUGCUGCUAUCUUAAAUUAACUACUGGCUGUUGAAGAUAUCAGUGGACCACAUGCUCGCAUCCAUCAUAGUCAAAAUGUUAAAGAUGGUACGAUCAAAGAUAUACUAAUGAAGAUUAUUUUUGUAUUAUGAUGGUUAGCAAUUACAUUAAUGUAAACAAAAUAUUGUUUAUAAGUAAUUGCAUGUAUCAAAUAAAUAAAAAAACAAAAAACAAACAAACCUUGUCAGCAUUUAAAAUGUUUUAUCUGACAUUUUUGUUAUUUAUUUUUUAUCAGUUGCAUAUUAAUCUCUUAGGGUGAAAAUUACUAUUUGUCUAAUAUUGCAUGCAGAAAAUGGUGAUUUUUUUUUUAAAACAAAUUAUUAUCUUAGUGAUAGUUAAUUUUCUAAUUAAUAUUAUAGUGAUAUUACUUAUUGGUGCCAAAUUAUUAAAGAUGUACUCAAGCAUUCAUAAUAUAUGUGUUGAAUAUAUAUAUAUUUUUUUUUUUUUUUUUUUUUUUUUUUUAAAUAUGUAUAUGUACAUGCAUGUGUGUUGUUUUUACUAGCAGAAUCUGUUUUGUACCUUUGUAUGGAAUAUUUUGAAAUCAUUUAUGAUUUGAUUAUGUAUCAGAAUGAAUCAUUUCCUAAAAAACUAAAUAUUUUUUUGUUAUAUAUUACAAGCACAAAAUGUUUUGUGUUUAGUUUCAUAAAUAACAUCUGUUUUGAAAGGCUACAAACUUAAUAGCAUUUUAUAUAUUAAAUAUAUUUUUAUAAUGUAGUUUGGCAUCUAGCCUUAAUGCAUUUCUAUAAAUAAUAACAUGGUUAAAAUAUUCCAUUAUGUCCAAGGCAUCUGUUCCUGUCAGUAUAUUCUUCUCUUGUUCACUCAUGUGGUUUACCAUUUUUAUCCAUGAUGUUCAUUUUGUGCAAGAAUAUGCAGCAGUGUCGUGAUAUAUAUUCUUGCAUAAAAUAAACUUGUGCAAUAAAUAGGAAGUAAAAACAACGUAUGUGAAGUUCUUUAUACAUAUACGUAUACAUUUUGGUUGACAUUCCUGUAUGGUCAUAAUGUGCCAGUCGAUGACGUCGAAGUGUUAUAUCUCACUUGGCGUUUUAGUGGUACAUAUCACUUUGAUAUGUACCAAGAUAGUUUUAACCACAUGGGUAAUAAAGAGUUACUUAGUCUAGGGACAGAAAGAGAGAAAACCAGCUGCUGCUACAUGUACAUAUACUAUUUCUAACGACAAAGCAACAAGGGAUCUCUUAUAUGUACUUUCUCAUUGACUGGGCAGUAUAUAUGUGUUUUACAGCUUUUGAUAACCAGUCGUGUCAUCACGUCUGCUAAAGCAAUUAUAAAUGUCCAUUGGUCUUCCAUGAUAAACUGAAGGAAUUCUCUCUGUGUCUUAAUUAAUCUACAGUUGUUGCUACUUUAAGAUAUAAAGAAAUCAGUACUGUACUGCCGGUUUUCCAUCAACAGUUCAACUGUGAUUUAGAUUUACUCGUCUGCAUGUAAGUGGAGGCAUGUAAACCCUUUAUGGCUUCUUAUGAACUUAUCCUGGAAGCUUUUCUGGAUGAAUUUUCAAAGAAGACUCUUUUCCUCUGAUGUUUCGCUGCAGCUGCCAGGAUUAACCUUCACAGUCUGGACGAUAAAGUGGUUAUGUUCAAACAUGACAGUUGUGCACAUAGCUCUGCUACUGAACUUUGUAGCUAACAAUCCACCAUAUACCAAGUUUCCACAGACUUAACUAGUAGUGCAUUAUCAUCUAUUGUUAGACCACAUGUUACUGUUGACUUAAAGACAAUAAUGAUUAAGAAAGGAUAUAAGACCAUUUGUUUUAGUUGAUCAUCAUGGGUACCAGACUUUGAAGAGUAGAAACCUUGCCACCAUGAUGCUCAAAGUGUCCCUAAGAUUUGAGGUCAGGUUUCCUUAAAUUUUGAAUAUAACUUUCAAAUAAAUAUAUACAGCAACCAUCAUGAAACAAUUUGGUAAUUAAAUCUGUGGUCCUUUGUGGACUGUUUCUAAUAUAAUUUGUAAACCAACUGCAUUCUAUAACUGAUAGCAGAAUUCAUGUGAUAGCAUGCACUUAAAAUGUAUAUGUAUAUUUCAUAAGGGCCAGAUUAGCCUAGUCAUUGUAUUUGUUUAAUUUUAGACUACAUGUAUGUGUCAGUAGAUUUAGUACUUGUUAUUUUAAAGUGCUGUUCACAAUUAUCAACAUUUCCACGUGUAUAAACCGCACGGGGUGAGUGGGGGAGUUGGGUGGCCUAAUGCAAGCAUCGGUAAGAGUUAAGACCGUCUAAAAUGGUUGAGCACAACACCCACUACACAGUUGGUUUGUCACUUUAGGUUGCUUGGGGGAUGCCUCUGGAACAUUUCUAGCCCUGGUGUAGAGUUUAAUUGUGUCAGCAGCAAUAGGUGGCCGGAUAUUUUCUACUGGGGAUUGGUCUCCCUGCUCAGCAAAUUUUCUUUUUUCUUAAUAUAUUUUCGGGGGAGCAAGACUCGAUCCCUCAAUAAACUUCGGUCACCACAUUCUAGACACUACCACGCCCAAGCCCCUGCUCUGCUACAAGUCCUGUACACGCGCCUGAACAAAGAUACGCUCCGGAAACGAAAUGUUUACGGACGGACGCACGCACAACGCCGUAUCAUGAUAACACGACCCGUCAAAGACGGGCACAUACAACUGUGGAUACUUGUGAAUGGCCUCUAAAGCUUUUAAUAUUUUAUCUGUUGUCUUAUUACUGGUGAUUGUUCAGUGCUUUUGCUACAAUUAACUGCAUUAUUUUAGUUUUUGGUUCCACAAUAAAUAGAUUGUUUUCA